AUGACAGAAGAGAUAAAAUAUUUUGACAAUCUAAAAGAAUUUUUAAAGUCUUCACUUUAAUCGCAUCAGUUACUCGAUAUUAAUCUAACAAAAGUGACUAUUUUAUAAAGCGAAACUCGUUUAGGUUCUAUUUUAAGAAAGUUUCUUAAUCUCUUAAAAUUUUUUAAUCGAAGUAACAUUAAUGUUGGAUCAAGUAUAGGUUCUGGUUUAUCAAAAUGCGUUAAUCUCUUAAACUUGAAACUUUAUCUUAAUAAAAAUUAAAUUGGUGAUGAUGGUGCAUCAGGCUUAGGUUCUGGAUUAUCAAAGUGCACUAAUCUCUCAAAUUUGACACUUGAACUAGGUUCUAAUUAAAUUGGUGUUGAAGGAGCAUCAGGCUUAGGUUUUGGCUUAUCAAAAUGCACUAAUCUCUCAAAUUUGUCACUUGACCUAAGUUAAAAUUAAAUUGGCGUUGAAGGAGCAUCAGGCUUAUGUUUUGGCUUAUCAAAGUGCACUAACCUCUCAAAUUUAACACUUUAUCUAAGUUUUAAUUAAAUUGGUGAAAAAGGUGCAUAAAGCUUAGGUUCUGGUUUAUCAAAAUGCACUAAUCUCUCAAAUUUGACACUUUUUCUAACUUCUAAUUAAAUUGGUGCUGAAGGUGCAUCAGGCUUAGGUUCUGGAUUAUCAAAGUGCACUAAUCUCUCAAAUUUGAUACUUGAACUAGGUUCUAACUAAAUUGGUGUUGAAGGAGCAUCAGGCUUAGGUUUUGGAUUAUCAAAGUGCACUAAUCUCACAAAUUUGAAACUUAGACUAUUUUAAAAUUAAAUUGGUGUUGAAGGAGCUUCAGGCUUAGGUUCUGGCUUAUCAAAGUGCACUAAUCUCUCAAAUUUGACACUUUUUCUAAGUUUUAAUUAAAUUGGUGACAAAGGUGCAUCAGGCUUAGGUUCUGGUUUAUCAAAGUGCACUAAUCUCUCAAAUUUGACACUUGACCUAUGGGGAACUUAAAUUGGUAUUGAUGGCGCAUCAGGCUUAGGUUCUAGCUUAUCAAAGUGCCCUAAUCUCUUAUAUUUAACACUUUAUAUAAGCGAAAAUUAAAUUGAUGAUAAAGGUUUAGGUUCUAUUUUAAGAAAGUUCUUUAAUCACUUUACUCUAAAUCCAAGCAACACUAAAAUAACAUCAGGCUUAGGUUCUGGUAUAGGAAAGUGCUCUAAUCUCUCUGAUUUAACACUUAAUCUUAAUUCUAAUUAAAUUGAUAAUGAAGGUGUAUUAGACUUAGGUUCUGGUUUAGCAAAGUGCACUAAUCUCUCAAAUUUGACACUUCAACUUUAGCAAAGUUAAAUUGAUGAUGAAGUGGCAUCAGGCUUAGGUUCUACUUUAGGAUAGUGGGAUAAUCUCUCAAAUUUGACACUUAAUCUUAUCAAUAAUUAAAUUGGCGAUGAAGGUGCCUCAGAAUUAGGUUCUGGUUUAGGUAAUUGCACUAAUCUCUCAAAUUUGACACUUAAACUUAAGCAGAAUCAUAUUGGUGCAGUUGGUGCAUUAGGUUUAGGUUCUGGUUUAAGAAAGUGUGCUAAUCUCUAAAAUUUGAAGCUUGAUCUUAUGAAUAAUUUAGUUGGUGAAAUAGGUGCAUCAGAUUUAGGUUCUGGUUUAGGGAAAUGUACUAAUCUCUCAAAUUUGACACUUAAACUUUAGAGGAAUAAGAUUGGUGAUGAAGGUACAUCAGGCUUGGGUUCUGGUUUAGGGAGGUGUGUUAAUCUCUCAAAUUUGACACUUAAACUUGAGAAUAAUUUAAUUAGUGCAAUUGGUGCAUCAGAGCUGGGUUUAGGUUUAGGGUAGGGCACUAAUCUCUAAAAUUUGACACUUCAACUUUAGUGGAAUUAAAUUGGUGAUGAAGGAGUAUCAGGGUUAGGUUUUGGUUUAGGGAAAUGCUCUAAACUCUAAAAUUUGACACUUAAACUUUAGUAUAAUUAAAUUGGUACAAAUGGUUUAUCGGGCUUAGGUUCUGGUUUAAUGAAGUGCACUAAUCUGUAAAAUUUGACACUUAAACUUUAGGACUACUAAAUGUAUAUAUUAUAAGAACUAAAGGCAAAGUUUCUUAAGUCAAAAAGAUUAAUUACCAUUUAAAUAAGUAAUUAAUGA